AUGGGGACGCCCGGGACCUCGGCGGGCUCUCUGUUUCUGCCCUCCGCGUCCGCGCCUCCGAGGAAGCGCGCUGCCGGGGAGGCCGGGGUUGCGAGAAGCAAGCAGCGGGUUCUGGAUGAAGAAGAGUACAUCGAGGGACUGCAGACAGUCAUCCAGAGAGAUUUCUUCCCUGAUGUGGAGAAGCUGCAGGCACAGAAGGAAUACUUGGAGGCUGAGGAAAAUGGAGAUUUGGAGCGUAUGCGCCAGAUUGCCAUCAAGUUUGGCUCUGCUCUGGGCAAGAUAUCUCGGGAACCUCCACCACCCUAUGUUACUCCAGCCACCUUUGAAACUCCCGAGGUACACGCAGGCUCUGGUGUGGUGGGCAGCAAGCCCCGGUCGCAGGGCCGGGACCUAGAUGAUGGAGAGGCUGCAGAUGAGGAGGAGAAGGAACCGCUGCCCAGCCUGGAUGUCUUCCUGAGCCGCUACACAAGUGAGGACAAUGCCUCCUUCCAGGAGAUCAUGGAGGUGGCCAAGGAAAAAAGCCAUGCCCGUCAUGCGUGGCUCUACCAAGCUGAGGAGGAGUUUGAGAAGCGACAGAAAGAUAAUCUUGAACUCCCAUCAGCAGAGCACCAAGCCAUUGAGAGCAGUCAGGCUGGAGUAGAGACCUGGAAGUAUAAGGCGAAGAAUUCUCUUAUGUACUAUCCUGAGGGUGUCCCUGAUGAAGAGCAGUUGUUCAAGAAACCACGUCAGGUAGUUCAUAAGAACACACGCUUCCUCCGGGACCCCUUCAGUCAGGCCCUGAGCAGGUCCCAGUUACAGCAGGCGGCUGCCCUGAAUGCCCAGCACAAACAGGGCAAGGUUGGCCCUGACGGCAAAGAGCUUAUUCCUCAGGAGUCCCCCCGAGUGGGCGGCUUUGGAUUUGUUGCCACUCCUUCUCCUGCUCCUGGUGUGAAUGAGUCCCCACUGAUGACUUGGGGAGAAGUUGAGAACACCCCCCUAAGAGUGGAAGGGUCAGAGAGCCCCUAUGUGGACAGGACACCAGGCCCGACUUUCAAGAUCUUGGAACCAGGCCGCAGGGAGCGUCUGGGUCUGAAGAUGGCCAAUGAAGCAGCUGCCAAAAACCGGGCCAAGAAGCAGGAAGCAUUGCGGAGAGUCACAGAGAACUUGGCCAGUCUUACUCCCAAAGGCCUGAGCCCAGCCAUGUCCCCAGCCCUCCAGCGCCUUGUAAGCAGGACAGCCAGCAAGUAUACAGAUCGCGCCCUGCGGGCAAGCUAUACACCAUCCCCAGCACGUUCUACCCACCUCAAGACCCCAGCUGGUGGGCCACAGACCCCGACAAGCACACCAGCCCCUGGGUCUGCCACCCGCACACCCCUCACACAGGACCCAGCCUCCAUCACAGACAACCUGCUGCAGCUUCCUGCCCGGCGCAAAGCUUCAGACUUCUUUUAGAGCCAGGCCUGGCCGGACCUGUGGAUGCUUUGUGGGACACUUUGUAGAGCGUAUACGACAGCUGUCUACUCUUCAGAGGACUCCAGGCCUUGGAGAGCCAGACCACAGUCACCACAAGUGUGUAGUGCUGUGCCGUGGCCAGGUUGGCAAGUCACGCUGACCACUCCCUUUGGGAGUAUAGCAUUGGUGCUGUCCCCCAAGGCCCUGCUGAAACUCAUUAAAGAACACCUGGCACCAUCUGGCCGGGCUGCCGAUCCAUAUCCUGGAGCCCACCUGGGUGUCUCAGGACUAAGAAGCAAGGGGCUCUGGGGGAGGAGAUGUGUAGCUGACAGAGCUGCCUUCUAUGCUGAGUUCACACCUGAGCCUUCCACUGUGAAGGGAAGCUCAGACCCCAAAAGUCAUGCCAUUGCACUCAUGGGUUCUGGGUCCAGCUCGGCAGCUCCCAGCUAGACCUGACUAUUUGGAUUGUUGGUUACAGGCCCAGGUAGGUCCUGUUUAUCAGGCUAACACCAAGACAAGUCACUUUCCUGUGACUUCAGCUCUUACCUCCUAGCACCUAACUUCUAGCUCAGGUAGGCCUACAAUACCUCCCGCCCUAAUCUCUGCUUAUCCCAGUGUUCUUGACACUUCCUCCUGGGCUCUGCCAAGACUGGCCUUGCCUCAGUCUGGGCUGUGAUAUGAAAAGAUGAAUUUGGGUUUGCUGUAAACCUGUGAAUGCCAUGUGCACCAGCAGCCUGCUCUUUGCCUGUGGACUAAGGGUAACUAGCCCUCAGGUGACUAGUGGCCUACUGGGCCCAUGAGCCUAUGCCUUACAAAGGUGAAGAGUCCCUACUGUCUGGGCCUAUCAGAGUCUGAAACUAUGAUCUAAUUCCCCAUCCAAUGGUCUUGAAGCUGCUGGUGGUAUCACAGGGCUUGAGCUAUUCAGGUAGCCAGAGCACACCUGACUCUUCUUAGCCCCAGACCCUGUUUUGAUUCCAUGAGAGCCACCUUUAGAGUCUGCUGGCAUUGGUCCACUCAGGCCUCUGCACUGGUGUUCUCUGGAAACCACCUGGGUUGGGUACUCCCUGCUUUGGCUCUUGUUCUGCCUGGUGUUUGUCUGUUUGACACAGCUGGAGUUACCCUAAGAGGAAGGAACCUCAACUGAAGAAUUACUUCUCAUCAGACUGUCCUGAGGGCAUGUCUGGGGGGGGGGGGCAUUUUCUUGAUUGCUAACUGAUGUAGAAGGGCCGGGCCCUGCAUACCUGGGUAGUGGCCCUGGGGUAUAAGAGCCUGGGAGUAGGCUAGAGAGAAGCCAAGAAGCAGCGGUCCUCCAUGGUCUCUGCUUUGGGGUCCUCCUUGGGCUCCUGCUUUGGCUUCCCUCAGUGAUGGACCGUGACCUGAAAGUGUGCACUGAAAUAAACCAGUUCCUCCCCUAA